AUGCUAAACAUGUUUGAGGGUGUUUUGGAGUCUGGUCCACUUCUGAAACAAGGGGGAGAAGCUGUAAAGGAACCUGAAAAAGAACCCCAGAAACAAGCCGAAACUUCUACUGAAACUGAACAAACGCCAAAACCAUCAAAAGAAGACAAAACUGAGAAACUUAAGCGAAAAGCAUGUGAUGCAGUUCUCGAUGAAAACCAACGAAUCGCAAGGGAGGCAAAAGAAAAAGAGAAAGUUGAACGUGAAGCGCAAGUCACUUUGGAAAGCAGAAAGCUUUUAUUUCCUUUGUGGACUUUUGAGCAUAUUAUGAAUGAGGCAAUCGACAAUCCAAGCCAGUAUUGGUUAGAGCCUGUUGCAUCUUUCGAUUUGCAGAACUCACACAAUUCACAACUAGAUCUUCCAAUUACAUCGAAAGCCUUCAAGUUUCAUAGCUUUAUCCAAGUUGCAAACAUUCCUCUCUUUGACAACGGUGUUGAUCAUACGAUCUUCUCUUUCUACUUAAAGCACAUGAAGCCUUAA